AGAAGUAGUGAGUAAUGUAACUAAUUACUUUUUUAAAGUAACGUGCCCAACACUGUCACUGUUGCAUGAUGCAUUGUCAUUUUGGAAAAUGACAAACAUAUUUUUAAUUGAAGGGAUAAGAAAACUGUCUAAAAUUUCAGUGUAAACCCUUGCAUUUAUUGAAGAUUGAACCACAGCCAUCCCCCCCAGUGCCUUUGCCUUUCAUAUGCCCCAUAUCAUCAAGGACUGAGGGAAUUUUGAUGUCUUCUUCAGGCAGUCAUCUUUGUAAAUCUCACUGGAACAGCACCAAACAAAAGUUCCAGCAUCAUCACCUUGUCAAGUAUCUGCAUUGGACAUGGUGAUGAUGACAAAUUAUUUCAUGACUUGCACGUGCAUUUUUGUGCAUUCUAAGGCAGCGACAGCAGUAGUGGAGGUUGAGAAAACAGAAAGAGAGCCCUACACGCGCUCUCGCGUACUUUUUCUCGCUCCCAUGAUGAAUCAGCUGUCACUCAGGCACAAGUCCAAUCUACUGAUAAUGAGAAGUGCAUCAACACCCUUUCUCGCUCGUCUCGCUUCCUCUUCCUCUCACCCAACCGCACACACACAGACAUACUCAUUCAUCUCUCCCUCACUGGUCCAUCAUGUCAUUCUCCUCCUCUUUUCUCCCCUCCCUCCCUCUUUUCUCUUCCUCCUCCUCCUCUUGGGCGCCCGCUGAGCUGAGCAGUCACUAGUGGGACCGAGGAGGCAAAAGCAAGGAUAAAGGCAGAAAAUAAGAGAGAGGAAGCGUGAUGAGCAAGAAACUGCCGGAUGAAUAGAAGCAAGGAAGGGAUUACAAAGACUGAAAAGCAGGAGAGGAAGAACCAAGCUUGGCAGAAGCCUCUUCACUUUCAUUUCUUUCUCGCCAUCCUCGCUCCCACAAACACUCAAAGGAAGGAAUGACAAGACAGCUACUGCUUCUCAGCUCAGAGUCCAAUCAAUUGUCCGCUACCUUCUUCUGGUUGCACGAAGGUUCAGUCGAGUGGGGUCAAAGGGGAGUAGACAGAGGCUGACCUCUGACCCCCUCGUCACCCCUUGGAGUGAGAGGAGGAGGGACCCAGGGGCGGAUGACUGCCCGACUAGCGCGCUAACCUGACGCCCACUUGCAGCCAACACGGAGGCAUGUUCGGAUUAAAGUCGCCACACUUUUACCUCUCAGGCAUGAGCCAUGAAUCCACCAAAUCAGCGUCAUUAGGAAUGGUCUCCACGGCGACCCGCACCACAGCCACCGUCAGUCCCCUCAGCCCUCUGACCAAUGGGAGCGGGCUCGCCCAGUCUGCCAACUCCGGAUUCGCCGCCGCCCUGCGCAAACUGGCCAAACAGGCUGAGGACCCCCGAGGUUCAGCCCUUAGCGCUGAGUCAUCGCCCGUCUCUUCGCCCGCCACCAGCCACAGCUCGCCGGUCAACACCCCAAAGCGGGCGUCGCUAGGGCCCCUCCUGGCCCAGUCCCGGAGCCACGCCGUCGUCCCUGCCGCCCCUCCCGUGGUCACCAUCGCGCCCACUAAGACAAGUAACGGCUUGUGGAGGGCCGACGGGCGACAGGUUGAGCAAAGCGUUCCGAGGCUGAGCAGCAGUGGUCGCCCGCAGCAGGACAAGAGGACUCCGCCCAUACCCUCGCUGGCUCAUCCCUUUGGACUCACCCCUAGUUCGGUCAUGCAGGACCCCAGAAUGCAGAGCCUCAGUUUACCUGGGCAGAUGCACCCUGCGGUCCCCUCGGGCACCAUCCCCGAGGAAUACCUGAGAGCGCUGCGUCCCUUCGCCACCCCCGACGACAUGCGGCUGACCUCUGUGCCUCUCGGUCUAGACCCCUCGGCUGCUGCCGCCCACGCCGCAGCCGCUGCUUACUACCAUCCGGCCUUCUUGCACCACCCUCUGUCUUUACCUAGAAUGGAGGAAUCCAUGUGUCUGUCAGCGCUCAGGUCGCAGUUUUACUCCAUGCCUGGCGGCGGCACCUUUCCCCCUCUACACCCCUCCGGCCUCCACUUGCACCUGCCCGGGGCGCAUUACCCCGGAGAGCUCAACCACAGUGUGCUCGCUGAGAGGCUGCAGAUGGAGAACGAGCUUCGCCAGCGAGAGAGGGAGAAAGAAAGGGAGGAGGAGAGGGAGAGGGAGCUGGACAGACAGAAGGAGAGGCUGAGGGAACGACAGCAGCAGAUGGUCAGAGCGGCCGAGGGCCACGCGUACCUGGCCGAGGGGCCGCCGAGGAGGGCGCCUCCUCCGCAGGACGGGGCCGGGCCGGGGGAGGGCUUGACCCCCGGCAGACUGGAUAAAGCCAAGGAGUCGGAACACCCAUCUUUCCCGACACAUAAACCCUUGCCCUUGAACCUGCACUCCUCCAGGGGCUCCGUCCCACACCCUGUGCCCAGUCUGGUGCCUUCUCAUCUGGGGAAGCACCACGCUACACCACCCAUCCACGGCGCUCAGGGAUCUACUGUCGCAAAUCAGAGGGCUGGCGAGGACGCCUGGAUGAAAGAUAAUAGAAUGGGACAUCCUAACCAAGGAAUCAAAGAAGUAGCAACUUCCCUCGGCGCGCCGCCUCCUCUCAUCUCCCCAAAAGCUCCAACAACCACCCUGUGGAACCCAGCUUCUUUCGUGGACCGCCGAAAACCUGCUCCACCCAUGCGCCCCCCUCCCGGCCUGACCAGAACUGACCGACCACACCCGGGCUGGGGGGAAAAGGUUGACGAAGGAGUCAGGAGGAGACCGGAAGCUACCGAGAGAUGCUCCCCUGCUCGAGAGGACGACCUCCCGCUACUCCAAAGACACCACGCCAACACCCUCCAGUUGAGACUCUACGCUCCGCUGUCGGACCCCGACGUGGGCAGGGAGCGACAGAGGGAUACCGCGACGGUGUACGACGAAGCGCUCAGGCAACAUCGGCGACUCCUCAGCAAGCUGGAUUUGGAGGAGAAGAGGAGACGGGAGGCCCGCGAAGGAGGUUAUUACUACGACUUAAACGAUUCGUACGACGAGAGCGACGAAGAAGAGGUGAAAGCCCAUCUGAGGAGGGUGACGGAGCAACCACCCCUCAAGCUAAACACGUCCUCUGAGAAAGUUGACUUCCUUCGCACGUGCGGCCUGGUGACGCUGGCCCAACGCGACCAGCUCCUGCAGUGCAAGAGGCGCAAGCGGAGGCGGAUGAUGAGGGAGCGCAGCGCCUCGCCGCCGCCAGCCACGCGUGGGAAGAGGAAGUCUCCCCCGUUGUUGAAGACGCCGUACACCGCCGAGCAGAUGGACGGCGCUCCCGAGCUGCAGGAAAAGAAGGAGUUCCUGCGUGCCUUCAAGCUCUCUCAUGUCAGUGCUCAGCAGCGAAAAGACAAGGAGAAGACCGAAGAGCUGCUGAAGGCCAUUGAGAAGAAGAUUGUGACAUUGGACACGCUCCGUUACAACGCUGUACCUCCUUGUAGCAGCAGCAGCAGUAGCCCUCCUGCUGCUGCCUCCUCAACCGCGGAGUCCUCAUCAACCCCGCCUUCCUGUCAAUCAAACGGAAAUCACUCGCCAAGCCCCUCCCCGCCAUAUUUACACAAAGCGAGACACGCCCCUUACAACAACUCUGUCCGACAACCGCCUCCACCUUUGGCAUCCCAUCUCGACAAAGCGUCCAACAAGAAGCCGCCGACGGUCCACAACGGUCACCUGGUAGCGCCGCUUAAAAAAGAGCCCGGCGGAGGAGGGAACGGUCGCGUGCGACCCUGGGAGAGGUUCACACCUGAGGCCUUCGCUCAGCACUUCCACCAGGCUGUUCUGCAGUCCACACACCACAAAGUCUCCAACUCCAUGAAGACUGAAAAUGCGUUGCCUCGCGACGUCUCUGCGCUGAAAACGCCUCAACUGAACCACAUCGCCCAGCACGUCAAUGGCUAUCGCCCCCGCGAACGUGUGACCGACGAGGAUGUGGACGGUGCUGAAGAUUCAUCUGAAGACGAUGACGAGGAAGACGAGGAACCGCCCAGGAAGUGGAAGGGAAUUGAAGCCAUUUUCCAGGCCUAUCAUGAUUAUGUGGAUGAACGAAGUGUUGAGAGGCAAGUUCUUCACAGUCAGUGUAAAAGACUGGAAGCACAGAACAUCAAUCUCAGUAGAACCGCAGAGCAGCUAUCUCUCACCAUGACGGAGCUGGUGAGUCAAAAGCAGCGGGUGCGUGAAGAGCGCGAGAGGCUUCACGCCCAGCUGGAGCACUUCAGGAGGUGCCUGACACUACCCAGCAUGCACUGGGGCAGAGGGGGGCACGUCAACAGGUGACCUCAGGACGCCACACGUCCAAAGACUGUCGGCUUUGCACUUAAAGAACAGAAAGGAAACAAGUAUUGUUAAACUUUUUGAGUUUUUUGGAGGGUGCUUUAUAGUUUUACACUGGUGCUUGUGAUAGAUGAAGAAUUUUCUUGAGUUUUUGUGGUUUUAUUUCACACUCCAAAAAAAAAGAGGAAAGACAAAGAAGCCAUUGAAAAUGCUGCUGGUCAGGUUAAAAUGAAGGUCAUGACACAACCAUGUGAUCCCGUAAUACAGAAACUACCUUUAUAUGCCUUGAAGAAACAUCAUUGCUGUUAGCAUCAGUGAACUUUUUGUCCAAAUUUUCAAUUAUUUUCACUCAAAAUUUGUCAUCUAUUCCCUUUAAUUGGAACUCAUAGAUGAAUCAAAUACAGAUUAAUGUAAGAAAUCCUGCUUAUUUGUUUGAAAAUGCUCUUAACUAAUGUAUUUCGUUUUGUUGCAGGGAGGCUGUAAAUCUGCAUUGAAUUAUUUAUUAACAUAUUGUUGUACAUGAAAAUAAGAAAUUUGCAUUAAAAU